UCUCCUUGUGAUAUUUGAAUCUCUCAGAAAAAGAGUCACCAAAUUUCCCAGCUGUUGUUUAGACAAUUUGUGCCUCAUAUGUUUGUUGUUCCUUCUAGAAACUUAUCCAACGUCACCUCCAUCAAUGGCAGAGAUCUCCGUCCAUCCUAAACCCUCUGACCUACCCAUAAGUACACCUACACCCGCUGAAACAUCCAUCAUCAGACCACCGUCAGAUACAAAUAUUGUCUGCCCCCUUGUUGUCGUGAUAGUGGUCCUGUCUUUGCUCCUGUUUGUGGUGUGCUUCCUGGUGGUGCUUCAUCGCAGGACACGCAGUAACAAAACGGUGAUGCCUGGACGUCCAGAAGAAAACAGACACAGAUCAAAAGAAGACAGCAGAUCGAGUCGUGCUCCGUCUGCAGGACACUCUGAGAAAAGAGAAAACAAUCACUGGGACUCAGAGACGGGAUGUAGGAGAUCCUUCUCUGGAGUCAGAGCUAAGUCAGCUAAUGCUAUUCUCUUUACGUCUCCUUUUUGUGCGCCUGCGAAAGAUCAAGUUGCUUUGCAAACUGAGACAGAGGCUCAGUCAAAAGACACAGGAAGACAGAAACUGGGAGAUGAAACUGAAGUAGGCGGAGUAACUGGGACAGAUAAUUUAACAAACACCACAGAUACAAUGGCAAAAAAUGCUGAAAAAGUUGACACCAGUAGAAACCUAGAUGAAAACCCCCACCGUGUUUCUGUUAAUUCAGAUGCUGUGCCUUAUCUGAGCAUUGGUACAAACCAGAAUAAACCCAGUCCUGAUGAUUUCAGCCAACAGUCCACUAAAGGUCAAAGAUCACAGACGAGGAAAGGUAUGGGGAGGAUCUCCACCUGGCCUCCAACUGCAGUUCAGUGGCAGGCAAGAUGUAAAAUGAAGGAGGAGGAGGAGGAGGAGGAGGGAUCUGACAUCCUCACUGUGUGGACACCAAAGUCUCCAGGUGAGGUGAAGAAAGCAUUAAACAAAGAGGAGCAUCCCUCUGCUUCUGACAAACAGGAAGAUGAAACUGAGAAAAAUCAAACUCCUCCAUACCAAGAUCCUUCUGAAAUGACUGUAGCUGACAUGAAACGGGGACACUCCUCAAAACCAAACGAGGAGACCACUGUAACAAGCCCAGAGGAGCAGCUAAAGAAGGAGGAGAUGCUCCAGAACCCCGCGACUGUGAGACAUGCCCAAACCCUGACUCAAGAAAAGCUUGAUCCAAAUCAAGACCUGAAACCUGCAGAAAGUUCUGCACCCAGGAACACAAAGAAGAGCAGCAGCAAGGCCGAACAGAGAAGUGAACCCAAGCGAGUUGUGACGAGCAGGCAGAGGGCAGAAAACACUGGUCCGAAGGCUCCCUCUGGUGGCGCCUCGCCAGAUGAUGAGACGCUGCUGUCUGGCAACGAGUACGCUUUGGACCUGCUGCAUGAAGUCGUGCAGAACAACGGGCGCUGGACCAGAGACAGGUGGAAGCAGGUGCAUGCCAGCAAGCAGCGGCGUCAGGACAGAGGUACAGAAGGAGUUUAGAGAGGGAUUCACUUUAAGUUUAAUAUUAUGUUCACAUAACAUGACAAUAUUGUUCUGUUCUCUUUAUGUUUAAUAAAAGAAUAUUGAUUUUAUUUUAAAAACUAUCUGUCAACACCUUAGUUAAUUGUUCUGUAUUUUGGAAAUGCUCUUAUUUGCUUUCAUGGUGAGAGUUAGAUGAGGAGAUGGACACCACUCUUCUGUCUGUCCAAUAAAGAGACGCUCCAGUGAUUUUUUUUUUAUGACACUUCCAUAAAGUUUGGGAACUCAGAGGAGGCAGAUUUUAAUGCACAGCAGGGGCCCAGAUAUCCUGACUUUUAGUCUCUAGUUCAGGUCAAGCUUGGAACAUUCCCACAUUUCACUACAUUUCCCAUAAUGCAACAUAUAAUAGCAUCUUGCAUUAGACGUCCCCCUCCCUUCCAAUGCUGCAUUGAUGCUAGUGCCCAGAAGUGUGAGUGUUAUGUUACCUUGGUACAUCUGUGUCUGGACAUCUACAUGUAUUGAAAAUUAGGUGUUGCUAGUAAUGUUAGUUAACACAGUUGUUUGUGUAGUUGGAAGUCUUUUAAUCUGUGUUUCAAAUGUUGCUGCUGCAGUUAGGUUAAUCCUUUGGUAAUAUACUUAAAUCAGAAUUUCACGUGUUUUUAUAUUAUUUAAUUUCAUUGUUAAAUUGUAACAUGUUUCAAUAU